GCAUGGCAGCUCAGCUCUGCUGUGAAGCUUCCCAACUCUAUCAUCCCAGGACACAGCCCUAGCAAAAGUCAGGCCGAGUCGUGCAAGGAAGCAGAGGGACAACAGGAUGCUGGAGGUCUGCAUGGCUCCCUGCAAGCGGUGAUGUGCCAGCUGGAUCUCUGUGCCACACACAGAGUUCACGAGGGUAUCACAGCCCACUCCUUCCCCACCUCAUCCCAGCAAGGCUCCGACCAUCAGACGGAGAGCAGCCAUAAGACUUGCUGGGACCUGUGCUGACUCUUGCCACACAAGAUGACAGCAAGAGACGGGCCUCAAGAUAGGUACAAGGCUGUCUGGCUGAUCUUCUUCAUCCUCGGCCUGGGAACGCUGCUGCCAUGGAAUUUCUUCAUGACUGCCAGGGAGUAUUUCAUCAGUCGCCUUAAGGACCCAGAGGAGACAAGCCACGUCAGGAACCAGACUGGCGAGGUCACCUUCACACUCUCCUACCUGCAGUCCGUGUUUGACAACUUCAUGACUCUCUGUGCCAUGGUGCCCCUCCUUAUCUUCACCUGCCUCAAUUCCUUCAUCCACCAGCGGAUUCCCCAGCAGAUCCGCAUCUCAGGCAGCCUGGUGGCCAUUGGGCUGGUGUUUUUAGUCACCGCGAUCAUGGUGAAAGUCCCCAUGGAGCCUCUUCCCUUCUUCAUCUUUACCAUGAUCAGCAUUAUCUUCAUCAACUCCUUCGGCGCCAUUCUCCAGGGCAGCCUGUUUGGGCUGGCAGGGCUCCUGCCUGUCAGCUACACGGCCCCCAUCAUGAGCGGGCAGGGCUUGGCAGGCACCUUCGCUGCUUUGGCAAUGAUCUUCAGUAUUGCCAUUGGUGCCCAGCAACCCGAGAGCUUCAUCGGUUACUUCACCACCGCCUGUGUGACGAUCGUGCUGGCAAUCGUCUCCUACGUAAUUCUGCCUCACAUGGAUUUCUUCCGAUACUACUCCAUGAAGGACAAGACAGAGUACCGCGUGUACAGUGCAGAGCUGGAGACCAAGAGAGACCUGAUUAAGAAAGAUGAGAAUGGGAUGGAGCAGAAUAACUCAAAGAUCAUCCCUGUCCACAACCCUGAUGAGCAGCCCUCUGUCAUUGCUAUUUUUAAGAAGCUCUGGGUCUUGGCUCUGUCUGUCUGCUUCGUCUUCACUGUCACCAUCGGCGUCUUCCCUGCCAUCACAGCUAAAGUGUCCACUGUCCUUGGAGAGGAAAACAAAUGGGGUCUCUACUUCAUUCCUGUCUCCUGCUUCCUGCUUUUUAACGUCUUUGACUGGACAGGACGGAGUCUCACUGCCCUCUUCACAUGGCCCGGAAUGGACAGCUGCCUCCUGCCAGUGAUGGUGGUCCUCCGUGUCAUCUUUGUCCCUCUUUUCAUGCUGUGCAACGUGAAACCCCGUUACUACCUGCCUGUUGUGUUCGCUCAUGACGCCUGGUACAUCAUCUUCAUGAUCUUCUUCUCCAUCUCCAAUGGCUACCUGGCCAGCCUUUGCAUGUGCUUCGGGCCAAAGAAAGUGCUUGUGCACGAAGCAGAGACAGCUGGAGCUAUCAUGGCAUUUUUCCUGUCACUGGGCUUGGCCCUAGGAGCUGCCGUCUCCUUUCUGGUCCGAAUUCUCAUCUAGCAGAGGCACACAGAGGGUGCAGGGACACCAAGAGAUGGCUCCGCAUCCUCCACUGAGGCCCUGGACACCUCAGCACUGUGGGGAAACAACAGCUUACACCUGUCCCUGCCAAAUCACACUGCCACAGCAGACAUUACACCCAGGGACGGUUCCACUCCUGCAGGGUUGGCCUGGUUCCUGCCAUGCUCAGCUGUGUGAUGCCUUCAGGCCUAUGUGCCUUCUCCUCCCCCAUGCUGUGUGUGUUGUAAGACCCCCGGGAUCUCCAAGAAGUCCAGCUGCCUCCCAUGCUGCAUAACUUUCCUGGAUCAAGGCCAAAAGCCAUUUUCAGCCUCUUUCUCGCUCGGAGAGAGUGAAAGGCUGCUAACUAGUGUUACUCUUUAUCUUUCCCUUGUCUCCAAAGUACCUAGGAGAUUCUCUCCUCUCCUCCUAGACAGCCUGGAAAUAUCCCACAACCCUCCUCCUGCUGGUAGACUUGUGGAUGGGGAGGAGAGCACCAGCCAGCCUCACCAUCCCUGCUCUCUGCUAUACGCACAUCCUCCUGCCCAGUGGUAUCCCAAAAGUGUAGACAUCUGUGUCCCAGCCACAGAAAGAGCCAACACUGUGGCUAGGCUGAGGGAGGAGGAGGUCUCCACACCCCACCUUCUCCCCCUCUCCUUGCUUCUCUUUUUUUUUUUUUUUUUUUUUUUUGUGAUUCUGACAUUGUUUUUUUUUUCAGCCUCCUGGUUGUGUGACAGGAGGUUCUACUGUGGGUUACAAGAGGAAAAGCAGCAACUCCCUUCCCAACAAAGCUGCCUUCCCUACCCAUGUGUGCUACAAGGGAAGGCCUCACCUCUCCCUUGGCUUUCCCGUCCCUUGUUGUGUAAAUGUGUCUAUACAGUUGCCAUUUUCUAUAAAAAGAACAAAAUGCUC